AUGGAGAAGCGUAAAUCGAUGUGUGUGAUUGUGGACAAGGAUUACUACAAUUUGAAAGACAUACUUGCGUGCCGGCAGAUCCUCAAGUGUUUGUUCCCAGCCCCGCUUGGUGAAGAAGUUUUCAAUUUGAUCGGGCAGCGAGAGCCAGAAAUGGAAGAUGGCAUUUGUUAUGCAGAUCUGCCACUUUUCAUGGUCAAAAGUCUCCCCAACCGCAAGGUGUUACCGCCAGUGCAGUUCGGCAAAAUGCAGAUGGAAAUUUUACGUGCCUCACCGGAACACGUCGAUAUCAUGCGUUUAAAUCAGUUUUACUACAUUGUUGCAAGGCAUCUUGCCAGAUUACUUACUGGUGAAAGAGCUCAGUUCCUUGCGGAAACCGUGCUGUACACAUUUCUUCAACGAAGCGGUUGGAUUAUUAAAUUUGCGAUUUUUGAGGGUCCAAAAUCGAAGAAACUCGACUGCAUGGAAGCGGAACUUUACGAUAAAGCAUUGAAAUCUUCCACGCAAUUCAGUGAGUGGUUCUUUUCCAAGCAGGCGCUUGCCCGCAAAAAACUUGCUAUUCAGAAGUGGCAGUGA